AUGCCCCUGCCUGUGCCGCCGCUGCCUUGCGCGCAUUGUCCUGGCAGCGGGCACGGGGGCCCCGCGAAGAAGCGGUUGCAUGCCUUCGACGAUGUCCUGCUGGUUGUGUUUUUCAGCCAUGCGAGGUAUGACGUGAACCUUGAUUAUUACAGGGAUGUGUAUGGGGAGUGGUUUCCAAAUAUCCUGUUCGUAGGUCCCAAGAGUCGGGAGGACAAGGGUUUCAAGCACUCUUAUGACGUCGUGGUCGAUUCGUACAUGUCUGACGAGGACCUGUCUGAUCCCAAGCACUACAAAAUGGCGGGGCGAAUGGCGCAUCACAUGCUCUACACCGCGCUGACCCAACAUCCAUGCUACAAAGGCUAUCUCUGGGCGCCCUUCGACGCACUGCUCAACGUGCCUCGGCUAACUCUGUUCGACCAAGAGAGAUUCUGGUACCACUCCUUCGCGGGCGAAUAUGUCUGGAAUCCUGCCCUGACCGGUCCUCCUCCGAAUGUCACUACGACAACUCCGGGAAGUGAGGAGCGGCAGGAGAGACAUGGCGUCAGUGCCGGGGAGCGCAUACCGAACGUCCGCGUGCAGGAAGAUCCGCCUGUGAGGAAUGACUCGGCGCCGGUGAUGGACGGAAACUAUGAUCAAAACAGGCAUGCAACGCCGGUGGUCGUCGGACCCGACCCGGAGGUGGAUUGGACAGUGGGUUGGCGAGGCUGGGGACCUGAUUGGUGGUACGUCGACCCUCGCGUCGGCCUCAAGGCCUGCUACCCAGCCUUCCUUCGUACACCCGAGCAUAUGCGUAGCAGGAUGUCGCGGCUUUUCACCAACGGGACGACUCGCUUGAUAGGCGGCUCCGCGGAUACCCUGUACAUCCCAGGACAAUAUCGGGAGGUGUUCAUCGAAACGUUGGGUCUGUUUCUCGAGACGGAAUGUUUCUUGGAAAUCGCAGUACCGACAGCGGUCCACCUGGUCGUCGGCGAACUUGGUGAGUUCGACCGGAAAG